UGCUAUCUCAGUGUGAAUUGUCUUUUACCGUGAAACGUAAGUAUCUAUAUUGGAGUGGCAGUUAGUCCCGUAUGUAAGUAUCUUAAAGAUUUACCUCAAUUGUAUUUUAUCUAUAUAGGAAAGUUUUGUUUGCUCUUUCGCAUACCCUCGGUAGCAGUUGGAAAGGCAACAUUAAUUUAUAGCGCAAUAAGGCACAAGUUAUAAUCGCAAUGCGUUUGCCGAUACUUUUGCUCCUCAUCGCGACCACGACUUCCGCGUCGGAUCUCGACUGGUGGAAGACUGCCUUGAUAUACCAGAUCUACCCGCGCUCCUUCAAGGACAGCAACGGAGAUGGUAUCGGUGAUUUAAAUGGUAUAACUGAGAAGCUGCCGUAUCUACAAGAGACCGGCAUCGACGCGAUAUGGCUGUCCCCAAUCUACAAAUCGCCAAUGUACGACUUCGGCUACGAUAUCACGGACUACCGCCAAAUUCAAGACGAGUACGGCACUAUGGCGGACUUCGAGAAUCUUCUCAACGUCUCCAAGAGUUUGGGUGUCCGCGUGGUUCUGGACUUUGUUCCCAACCACACGGGCAACGAGAGUCAGUGGUUCAACAGAUCCAUAGCGGGUGAGGCCCCCUACAACGAGUACUACGUGUGGACGGACGGGCUCAACGCCACUUACGACAACGGCACCUUCUACACCAAGCCUCCUAGCAACUGGGUAAGCAAUUUUCGUAAAAGCGCUUGGGAGUUUAAUGAGGUCCGAGGCCAGUACUACUUACACCAAUUUGUCAUCGGACAGCCCGAUCUUAACUACCGGAGUGACUCUUUGCAAGAAGAAAUGAAGAAUGUUUUACGUUUCUGGUUGGACAAGGGAGUUUCUGGUUUCCGUGUGGACGCUGUGAACAAGUUGUAUGAGGCUGAUCCUAGAAACUAUGGCGGUGUAUAUCCUGACGAACCUUUAUCAGGGAUCGCCGGCUUAGGACCUGAUGAUUACGAAUACCUCAUUCACGUCUACACCGAAAACUUAAAUGAAACAUACGACGUCGUCUACAACUGGAGAGACCUUCUUGACGAGUACAUCACCACACAAGGGGAAUACAAGAUCAUGAUGACCGAGACAUAUGCAGAUUUACCGUUGAUGAUCAAAUACUACGGCACUAAGACCAGGAAUGGCUCAAUACCAUUUAACUUUAGUUUCCUUGAAGAUAUAACAAUGAAUUCUACUGCUUGGGAGAUCAAAACUGUUAUUGACCAGUGGAUGACUUAUAUGCCUAGUGGAAGGGUGGCAAACUGGGUGAACGGCAACCACGAUAAAAGCCGCGUGGCCACUCGUCAAGGAGUGGAUCGAAUUGAUGCCAUGAACAUGUUGGCUCUCAUUUUGCCUGGAGUCGCUGUCACUUAUCAGGGCGAAGAAAUCGGUAUGAUAGACGGUUACGUCAGCUGGAAUGACACUAAGGAUCCUUGGGGCUGCAACACAGAUGACCCCAUCAACUACGUGUUGAAGUCACGGGACCCAGAACGCACACCAUAUCAGUGGGACAGUAGCGCUCACGCGGGAUUCUCGAACACCACGGGGGCGACUUGGCUGCCUGUCGCAGACAACUAUUUAACUUUAAACUUGGCUGCACAGAUGGCUAACCAAAAAAGCCAUUACCAUUUUUACAAAGAUGUAGUAACCAAUAGGAAGACGCCAGCUAUUCAGGAGGGAGACUUGGAUACUAGGGCUCUGUCGGAGUCCCUUUUAGUUGUUACCAGGUUACUGCCUGGUGAGGCUGGUAUGCUAGGUGUAGUUAACCUGGCAUCGGAAGCUCAAACCAUAGACCUCACAUCGCUGAGGCUUUUGCCAUCAGACUUGGAAGUCGUGGCUUCUGGGGUAGACUGCGCACUCGAAAAAGGUGCCACUCUAACAAAGACUAGUAUACCGGUGUCUGGACACUGCGCGCUUCUCUUCCGGAGCGGGGUCGUGAGCUACGGCGGCGCCGCUAGCACUCACUACCUGUCCUACCCUCUGAUGUUACUCGCUCUAGCGUCUUACACAAUUAUUAGAACAAAUUUCAGUUAAAUAUCACUCCUAAGUGC